AACGUAUCCUCGUUUGCGCCUACGUCCAAUCAGGCGCCACGACAUAAACAGACGGUUGAUAAUCCCGUCUCUUUGCUGCCUAUAAGGUCGGCCGUGGUGCUGUCAUCUUCCGCAUCCAAACCACAACCUUCACUUCCUCCUUCAGCAACACCGAGAACAACAACAACAUCAUGUCGUCCAAAAUCAUUCUCUACGACCUUCCUUGUAAAACCGCAGCCGGGCAGCCUUACCGAUGCUGGUCACCCAACGUCUGGAAGACACGCCUGGUCUUGAACUACAAGAAGAUCCCGUACCAGACCGAAUGGUUGAAGCAUGCCGAAAUUGAACCUACUCUCUCCGCCCUUGGGAUCACACCGACACCUGUCAAGUACACCGUGCCAGCUAUCAAACAAACAGACGGGACGGGCGUCAUGGAUUCUGCGGCCAUCGCUCCUGUUCUGGAGAAGCAUGUUCCCCAGCCCUCUCUACAUCUCGAGAACAACCUCCAUAACCAACUCGGACCUCUAGUCGGACGUUCCCUGGGCCCACUCAUGCCCGUCAUCUACGCUCAAAUCGGACGGGCGAUCAUCCUCGAAUCUUACGUAGAGGAGUGGAAGAAAGGCAAAGAAGCUGCUUUCGGCUGCACCAUGGAAGAAUACGAGGAGCGUGAGGGAGGAGAGAAGGCUUGGAAAACAGCCGAGCCCGGCUUCAAGGCUAUGGGAGAGUUCAUGCAGCAGAACAAGAAAGACGACGGCCCGUUUGUGUUGGGUAGCCAGGUCUGCUAUGCGGACUUUGUGCUGGCGGCUCUGGUGGAGUGCGUCUCGAAGUUGGGAGGCGGGCUGUAUGAGCGGAUUGUUGCAUUGGAGCCGCAGUUGAAGGCGCUGCAUGAUGCUUGCAAGCCUUGGUUGGAGAAUGAUCAGUAGAGUGGAUGCUCCGAUGAUUGGGUCGCGGGACCACAUACUCUUUGAUCUCCCUGCUGCCUUUGUCAUUGGCUUUGUGUUCGACCCAUACGCCUGGUCUCUUUAUCGCAUCAAUGCAAAUUUCUUGG